AUGUACAAUGAGGCUAUGAAGAGAAUAGAACAUCAACCGUCUAUAUCUCGGCUUCGAGCCAGAAAGGCCCUCGCGUGGUUGACCUUUGCCACAAGACCAUUGUCUAUCACCGAGAUGGAGCAUGCAUUAGCGCUGGAAGGCGGUGAUCCCCAUGCUUAUGAGAAUAAAAUCACAACCUGUGAUGAGAUUCUAUCUGUCUGCGCUGGUCUUGCCACCGUCGACAAGAAAACAAUGUCAUUCGAGUACCUCGAAAGAACACAAAGCCAAUGGCUAAUGGAAGACGACGAGAGCAACUACGGGGCUCAAUCAAGAUUUAUUCCAGCCAGAGGCGCUCCACCUGCCCAUGGCUCCAAUGCUGCAUCUCCAGCCAUGCCAGUAACGGGGAGGGAGCAAAGAAGUCGCUCUAGGUUGUUGCUAGCCAAUCAGGCCGAGACGGAGGGCCGAGAAAAUGAUUGGGCUCAUACGGUAGUGGCCAGGGGUGUCAACGCGGGAAUGACACGAACCUCUACAGAUGCGAAAAAUAAAACACACCGGUGA